AUGCUCUCCACCAAGCUGCUGUACACCCUCUCCAGAACAUCCUGGCUGACCCCAAACACCUUUAAGGCAGGACUUGCAGCGCUCCCUCCCAAAUUUGUGGUGCAGCCCAAGGACCAGGAUGGCAUCUAUGGGAAAGCUGUGAUCCUCAACUGCUCUGCAGAGGGAUACCCCGUCCCUACCAUAGUGUGGAAGUAUUCCAAAGGUGCGGGAGUUCCCCAGUUCCAGCCUAUAGCCCUGAACUCAGGCUUCCGUAUCCAGGUGCUGGUCAACGGCUCUCUGCUAAUCAAACACGUGCUGGAGGAGGACAGCGGCUACUACUUGUGUAAGGUCAGCAAUGACGUGGGAGCUGACGUCAGCAAGUCCAUGUACCUCAACGUCAAAAUCCCAGCCAUGAUCACGUCAUACCCCAACACCACGCUGGCCACGCAGGGCAGUGAGAAGAGGAUGAGCUGCACGGCACACGGGGAGAAACCCAUCAUGGUGCGCUGGGAGAAGGAAGAGCGCAUCAUCAACCCGGAGAGCAGCCACCGCUAUGUCGUCACCGUCAAAGAGGUGGCCGACGAGGUCAUCUCCACCCUGCAGAUCCGGCCUACAGUGAGGGAAGACUCUGGCUUCUUCUCCUGCCAUGCCAUCAACUCCUAUGGUGAAGACAGAGGGAUCAUUCAGCUAACAGUGCAAGAGCCCCCGGACCCUCCUGAGGUGGAGAUCAGAGAGGUGAAGGACAGGACUAUCGCCCUCCGCUGGACCAUGGGCUUUGAUGGAAACAGCCCAAUCACAGGCUUCGACAUUGAGUGCAAGAACAAAUCAGGCUCCUGGGAAAUGGCCCAAAGGACCAAAGACGUGUCUCCCCAGCUCAACCAGGCCACCAUCAUAGACCUGCACCCCUCCUCCACAUAUAGCAUCCGCAUGUUCGCCAAGAACCACAUCGGCAAGAGUGAGGCCAGCAACGAACUCACGAUCACCACAGACGAAGCAGCUCCUGAUGGUCCCCCACAAGAUGUGCAGCUUGAAGCCUUCUCCUCUCAGAGCAUCAGAGUCUCCUGGAGGGCCCCUAAGAAGCACCUCCAGAACGGGGCGAUCCGUGGCUACCAGGUGGGCUACAGGGAGUUCAGCACCGGGGGGAACUACCAGUUCAACGUCAUCAGCAUGGAGACGACGGGGGACAAUGACCACAGUGAGAGCGUCACCCUGGACAACCUGAAGAAGUUCACCCAGUAUGGGGUGGUGGUGCAGGCCAGCAACAGCGCUGGGACAGGACCCUCCUCCCAGGAGGUCAUCUCUACCACGUUGGAGGACGUUCCCAGCCGGCCUCCAGAGCACGUCCAGGCGACAGCAGCGUCUCCAGAGAUUAUCUCUCUAUCCUGGCUGACCCCUCCUAAAGACGCUCUCAACGGCAUCCUGCUCGGCUUCAGAGUCAUCUACUGGGCUAACCUGCCCGACGGAGAGCUGGGGGAGAUCCGUAACGUGACCACCUCUAAGCCGUCUCUGGAGCUGGAUGGUCUGGAGAAGUACACCAACUACAGCAUCCAGGUGCUGACCUUCACCCGGGCCGGGGACGGAGUGCGCAGCGAGCAGAUCUUCACUCGCACCAAGGAGGACGUUCCUGGUCCUCCGGCUGGGGUGAAGGCAGCGGCGGCGUCUAACUCGGUGGUGUUUGUGUCGUGGCUCCCUCCUCUCAAACUCAACGGCAUCAUCAGGAAAUACACAGUCUUCUGCUCUAACCCACACCCCUCGGUGAGCAGUGAGUUUGAAGCAGCGCCAGACGUCUUCUUCUACCGUAUCCCCAACCUGAGCAGGAGCCGCCAGUACAGCAUCUGGGUGGUGGCCGUCACCGCAGCCGGCCGUGGCAACGCCAGCGACAUCAUCACCGUCAAGCCCCAGGCCGAGGCUCCAGCUCAGAUCCUGACAUUCAACGGCACAGUGACCACCCCCUGGAUGAGGGACAUCGUGUUGCCCUGUAAGGCGGUGGGCGACCCAGCCCCCACGGUCAAGUGGCUCAAGGAGACCAAUGGAAGCCCCGCCCCUGCUGUGAUUGACAGUAGACGCAUUGUUCAGGGCAACGGCAGCCUGGUCAUCCGCACAGUGAAAGCUGAGGAUUCUGGGAACUACACCUGUGUGGCUAGCAACAGUUUUGGGCCAGAUAAAAUCAUCCUCAACCUGCAGGUUCAAGUUCCCCCGGACCAGCCUCGUCUCACCGUUACCAAGACGACCACCACUUCCAUCACUCUGUCCUGGAUACCAGGAGACAACGGAGGCAGCUCCAUACGAGGCUACAUCCUGCAAUACUCAGAGGACAACAGUGAGAAGUGGGGCAACUUUGCCAUCAGCCCUAGUGAGCGUUCCUAUCGACUGGAGAACCUGAAGUGUGGCACCUGGUACAAGUUCACCCUGACUGCCCAGAAUGCUGUGGGGCCAGGGCGCAUCAGUGAGAUCAUCGAGGCUAAGACUCAUGGGAAAGAACCCCAGUACUCUAAAGAACAGGAGCUCUUCACCAGUAUCAAUGCCACGCGUGUCAGGCUCAACCUGAUUGGCUGGAACAACGGCGGCUGUCCAAUCACGUCCUUCACGUUAGAGUACCGUUCAGUGGAGUCUCCCACGUGGACCACGGCCCAGCGCACCUCUCUGACCAAGAGCUACAUCCUGUAUGACCUGGCCGAGGCCACCUGGUACGAACUGCAGAUGAAGGUGUUCAACAGCGCCGGGUCAGCAGAGAAGAGGGUCAAGUUUUCCACUCUGAGCUACGAUGGCAGUACCAUUGCUCCACUGGUGAAGGCUCCAACGGUGAGUGUGGACAGUACAUCCAGUAACGAGGGUCUGAAGAUGGUGACCAUCAUCUCCUGUGUGCUGGUGGGAAUCGUGCUGGUCUUCGUCCUGCUUCUAGUCCUCAGGAGGAGGAGGAGGGAACAGAGACUGAAGAGGCUCAGAGAUGCGAAAAGUUUGGCAGAGAUGCUGAUGAGUAAAAACACACGACCUGCAGACACCAUCAACAAGCAGCAGCAGACCCUUAGAAUGCACAUCGACAUCCCCCGAGCCCAGCUGCUCAUAGAGGAGAGAGACACCAUGGAGACAGUCGACGACAGGUCCACAGUGCUGCUGACUGACAAUGACUUUGGGGAGACUCAGAAACAGAAGUCAUCUACGGUUACCCACACCGUCCACUACCAGUCCCUGUCCCAGGCCACCGGACCUCUAGUGGAUGUAUCUGAUGCUAGGCCAGGAACCAAUCCCACAGCCCGCCGCACAGCCAAAGCAGGCCCUGCCGCACGCAACCGCUACGCUAGCCAGUGGACCCUGAACCGACCACACCCACCAGUCUCAGCCCACACCCUGAGCACUGACUGGAGAUUGCCCACGCCACGGGUGGCCGGCUCUGUGGAUAAGGAGAGUGACAGCUACAGCGUCAGCCCAUCUCAGGACACAGACCGGGCACGGAGCAGCAUGGUGUCCACAGAGAGCGCCUCGUCCACCUACGAGGAGCUGGCACGGGCCUACGAGCACGCCAAGAUGGAGGAGCAGCUGCGGCACGCCAAGUUUACCAUCACAGAGUGCUUCAUCUCGGAUACGUCGUCGGAGCAGAUGACAGCAGGCACCAAUGACUACACAGACAGCCUGACGUCCAGCACACCCUCCGAGUCAGGCAUCUGCAGGUUCACUGCCUCCCCGCCCAAGCCUCAGGAUGUCAGCCGAGUCAUGAACAUGGCCGCACCCAAAGCUCACAGACCGGGGGGCGAGCUAGUGCACCUGCCUCCUUACCUGCGCAUGGACUUCCUGCUGAACCGCGGCAUGUCGUGCUCGGGCACUGGAGGGAGGGGUGGCGCCGGGGGGGAGGGGGCCAUGGGCCAGGCCUGCUUGGAGCCCCAGAAGAGUCGCUCCCUGAAACGGCCAUCACGCAUGGCUCCCCCAACUCCCACGGAGGCCCCCCAAGCCAGCAACAGGGCCAGCAGCAGGGACCCAGUGGCCCAGUGGCAACCCGGCUCAGCAGCCACCCUGCCUCACAGAGAGGGCUCAGAGCUGGCCCAGGCCGCCAAGCUUAGCACCUCCCAAGAGUCCCUACUGGACUCACGAGGACACCUCAAACAGACCAACAACCCCUACGCAAAGUCCUACACGCUGGUAUAACAUCAGUGGCAUGGGGCCAGACUAAAAUUCACACUAACACUGGACUUAUUACACUUACAAGUGCAGUAAACUGACUCUCACCACACAGUCCUGUAUAUAAUGUCCCCUUUCUUCUUAAAGGAGGGGUACCUUUUACUAAUCUUCUUUUAUUUAUUUUUGGAGCUUUCUUUCUUUGUUUUUUUAAAAACUUGUGAGUAAAUUCAUUCAUCUGAAAUGACUCCACGCGGAGCUUGCCAAAAUAAUUUUGUUAUGAGGGAACAUUAUUUAUUCUUGAUUAUUAUUGUUAAUCAUUAAUUAUUAAUCAGUGAUUAUUUGUUGUUAGUUCUCAACUAUUAAUGAUUAUUAAUUAUUGAUUACAAUUGAUCAAUUAUUACCAUUACUACACUAUUUGAAUUAGAACCUGGACACAUGUUUCCCAGAGUAUGAGAUGAUAAUUUGGAGCUUGUCAUUUUUUUCUAUGGAAACUUCCUCUAAAACACUGAAUGAAACUCUGGAGAAAUCUAGGAUGGAAGCAAUCGACACCAGUCCAAACUUGUCAGCUGCUCUCAAAUUAUUACUUUUUUGAAGAAAAAAAUCUAUUUCCUAUGGAUGCAUGGGUACUGACCAAUUAAAGACGAUUAAGAGGAUUAUGAUCACGACUGGACAGCCCAGUUGACCAUUUUUGUCACACUAUGAAAUGAUCAAAUGUGAAGAUUUAUUAUUCUUAUUACUAUAAAUAUAUAUAUAUAAAAAGAGAAAUCACUUUUAUUUGUGGAUAUUACAGGGAAGAAUUGAUUUGGUUAAUAAAGUCCGUAGUCAUGUUUGCACAUAUCUCGUUUUGAUUAGGAAAUGGAGUCUCUGUUGAUCUUUCUCUGUGUCGCAUACUCUGAUGGUGCAAUAUGAAAAAAGAUUAUGAAAAUUAUAUUGAUACUAUUUGCUCUAUACUGUACUGUAAUGAAAAAUAACUAUGUUAGUAUACUUACAGGGCGGGACAAACCCCAGCUAUGUAUUCAGGUGUAGUUUACCACUGCUAAUUUGCCAGGGUGGUAAAUGAAGUUAGUUAGAACAGGGAGGGUCAGAGAUAUAAUGGUUUGCACUUCACGACACCCCCAAAAAAUGUCCAGACAGAGCCCCUAUUCUCAGUGCACUAGGUAGAGUCUUCAAGGCUCUCACUCUCCUCCUCAAUAGAUUUAUUGUCGCUGCAUUGCCGUGAUGCUCCUCUACAGGGAAAAACUUGAGACAAUCCCCCCUUCAAACCAAAUCAAAAAUCUAUGGGAAGUGUCUAUCUAAAGUGUGGAUAUAACUACACAGUUUUAGUUGUUGUUUACCCUGGCCCAUUUUUCUUUGUAUUUUAGUCCUGGAGGGAGAGUUUGAUAAGAAUGCUGUGAGGUCAUUAAUGGCAGUUUAUAUUAUUUGUUUUAAUUGUCUUCAUUAUGAUAUUCCUUUUAACAAAAUGUCGCUUUUUAUUUUUAACAUGGUGUUCACCUUGGUGACACUGAAAUAAAGAGAAACUAACCCACAGUUCAAAUUUUAUUAAUAAAAAGGCUGUUCCCCAAA